AUAAUGGUAUGUAUGUAUGGUUGAUUCACUGGACUUAUCUCCCAUGGCUUACUACUCAUCCACCCGUUCUUCUCUCAGUACUUCUCCGACUCCGUUAAUGUCGUUUUUCUAUCUUUGCCUUAUUAUCUUAUUCCUCAGUACUUCCUCUGCGUUUGGUAGUGGAUUAGGGGUCUCUUCCUCUCAGUCAUCAUCAAGUGAAACAGAGGCUCUACUCAAAUGGAAAGCCACUCUCCAAAACUACUCUGUCCCUGCUCUCCGUUCUUGGAAGCUUACAUCGUCAUCCUCAGCACCAAUCCCCUGCUGCAACUGGUUUGGUAUAACUUGUAACGAAGCCCGAACCAGCGUGGUUGAGAUUAGCCUUCCAGGACUGGAGCUGCAAGGUACGCUUCACAACUUCACCUUCUCUUCCUUUCCCAAUCUCUUCAGUCUCAAUCUCAGUGGCAAUGGACUCACAGGAGCCAUACCAGAUCAAAUUGGUAGCCUCUCCAAACUCACCAACCUUGAUCUCUCCAAUAUUAAUCUUUCUGGCGUUCUGCCUCCCUUGAGUAAUUUAAGCAGCCUGCACUUCUUAGACCUCUAUGGCAAUGAAAUCAGUGGCACAAUUCCUUUAGAAAUAGGGAAUAUGAAAAAUCUGGUUGAGUUAGCAAUAGGUUCGAAUAAAUUCACUGGUAUGAUCCCCCAUGUCCUGGCUAAUUUAAGCAACCUUCACUUUCUAUACUUGCAUACCAAUGAAGUCAGUGGUCCAAUACCUUACGCAAUGGGAAAUCUAGAAAAUUUGGUUAUGUUGGACCUAGAUGCAAACAAGCUCAGUGGUCCAAUCCCUCAUUCUCUGUCUAAUUUAAGUAGACUAGAGAGCCUCUAUCUGUUUGACAAUCAAUUAUCUGGUCCAGUGUCUUCAGAAAUCGGAGAUAUGAAAAAUAUGAUUGACUUGGAGCUAUCUCAUAACAGCCUUAGUGGUCCAAUCCCUCAUUCUCUAUCUAAUUUAACUAGACUAGAGACCCUCUAUUUGUUUGAAAAUCAAUUAUCUGGUCUUGUGCCUUCUGAAAUUGGAGAUAUGAAAAAUCUGAUUGACUUGGAGCUAUCUCAUAACAACCUUAGUGGUCCAAUCCCUCAUUCUCUCUCUAAUUUAACUAGACUAGAGACCCUCUAUCUGUUUGACAAUCAAUUAUCUAGUCUGGUGCCUCUAGAAAUUGGAGAUAUGAAAAAUUUGGUUCAAUUGGCACUACAACAAAACAAAUUCAGCGGUCCAAUCCCUCAUUCUUUGUCUAAUUUAACUAGACUAGAGACACUCUAUUUGUAUUCGAAUCAAUUAUCUGGUCCUGUGCCUUCUGAAAUCGGAGAUAUGAAAAAUCUGAUUGACUUGGAGCUAUCUGAAAACAACCUCAGUGGUCCAAUCCCUCAUUCUCUGUCAAAUUUAAUUAGACUAGAGACCCUCUAUUUGCAUUCGAAUCAAUUAUCUGGUCCAAUGCCUUCUGAAAUCGUAGAUAUGAAAAAUCUGAUUGACUUGGAACUAUCUCAAAACAACCUCAGUGGUCCAAUCCCUCAUUCUCUGUCUAAUUUAACUGGACUAGAGUUUCUCUAUUUGCAUUCGAAUCAAUUAUUUGGUACAAUGCCUUCUGAAAUCGGAGAUAUAAAAAAUCUGAUUGAAUUGGAGCUAUCUGAAAACAAUCUCAGUGGUCCAAUCCCUCAUUCUCUGUCUAAUUUAACUAGACUAGGGUCCCUCUCUUUGAAUUCGAAUCAAUUAUCUGGUGCCAUACCUCAAGACUUUGGUAGCCAAGCAUCCAUUGUAAAAUUUCAGUUGUGCAACAACCUCUUAUCUGGAAGAUUACCACAACAAAUAUGCCAAGGACGAUCACUUCAAAGAUUAGUGGUUCAAAACAAUAGUAUUACGGGUCCUAUUCCUGACUUCAGAAGUUGCACAAGUUUAAUGAGAUAUGGAGAGCUAUCACCAAAUUGGGGAAAAUGUAAGAAUUUGUCCAUUCUGAAGAUUUCUGGAAAUAAUAUUAGUGGGAAGAUACCACCUGAGAUUGGUCAGUUAACACGACUUGGACUACUUGACCUUUCUUUCAACAAACUUGCUGGGGAGAUUCCAAAGGAAUUUGGUCGCUUAUCUAAUUUGUUCCACUUGAAUAUACGUGGCAACAAUAUUUCAGGGCAUGUACCAAUUGGAAUGAAUAAAUUAAUCAAUUUGGAGUUUCUUGACCUCUUGGAAAACAAGUUAACUGGAUCAAUCCCGUCUCAACUUGGUCAAUGCUCCAAAUUGUCUUCAUUAGAUUUGAGCUGGAAUUGAUUGAAUGGGAGCAUUCCAUCUCAAAUUGGUGAUCUAGUCUCCUUACAAAUUCAAUUAGACCUUAGUCAUAACUCAAUUAGUGGACCGAUACCACCUGAGCUUGCAAAGUUGGUGAUGCUGGAAAUCUUGAAUCUAUCCCAUAAUAUGAUCAUAGGCUCAAUACCUUCUUCUCUCGAAGAGAUGGCUAGCUUAGUAUCUCUUGAUUUGUCCUACAAUGAGUUGGAGGGUGUUGUUCCUAACAACAAAGUUUUCAGAAAUGCUUCACCACAAGCAUUUAGAAACAAUAAAGGGUUAUGUGGUGACCUUCAAAAUCUACUUCCCUGUAAUCAAUCUCAUAGAAGCAAGGGAUCGAAGAAAAAGGGCUAUAAGGUUGUCAUAUCCAUCAUUGCUUCUUUGAUAGGAAUUGUAUUCUUAGCACUUGCAAUUAUCGGUGUUUUCUACCUCUUGCGGAAAAAAGCAAAACAAGGAAAUAUAGAAGCAACAACAAGAAAUCAUGGCAAUAUAUUUUCAAUAUAGAAUUUCAAUGGCCAUAUUGCUUACGAGGAUAUUAUUCAAAUAACAGAGAAUUUUGAUUCCAAAUAUUGCAUUGGAACUGGAACUUUUGGGAAUGUUUACAAAGCAGUGCUACCUACUGGCCAUGUUGUAGCUUUGAAGAAGUUCCAUCCAUUGGAGGGUGAGACAAUUAUAGUUAAUGAUGAAAGCUUUGGGAAUGAGAUACGUAUACUAACAAAAAUAAGGCAUCGAAACAUUGUCAAACUUUAUGGAUUCUGCUCUCAUCCAUGAUGCAUAUUUCUUGUUUUUGAGUAUAUGGAAAAGGGAAGCAUAGCACGUAUCUUAAGCAAUCAAGCAGAGGCUAUGAAGUUUGAUUGGCUGAAAAGAGUAAAUGCCAUCAAAAGUGUGGCCAAUGCUUUGUCUUACUUGCAUCAUGAUUGCAUUCCACCAAUAAUUCAUCGAGAUAUUUCAAGCAAAAAUAUAUUGCUGGACUUGGAACUUGAGGCUCAUGUAUCCGAUUUUGGCAUUGCAAGAUUAUUAAAGCCAGACUCAUCUAAUUGGACAUCACUUAAAGGAACUCAUGGAUAUAUUG